CAACGCUAAGAGAUCCGCCGAGGAAUAGGAAGUGACGUAAGGGUGGCGGAGGAGCGCGAGGUUUCAAGAUGGCGGUGGCUGGGUGGUUGACCGAGAGGCAGAGGUGAAGGCCCCUACGAAGUAAAAGAGGCUGGGAACCGCCCCCUACCCGCUUCUCGCAAUCCUGGGAGCCCAACAGUAGUGUUUUUCUUUUUUUAAUGAAUAAGUGAACCAUACAAAUUGUCAACAUGGGACGGAGAUCAACAUCAUCCACCAAGAGUGGAAAAUUUAUGAACCCUACAGACCAAGCCCGAAAGGAAGCCCGGAAAAGAGAAUUAAAAAAGAACAAAAAGCAGCGCAUGAUGGUUCGAGCUGCAGUUUUGAAAAUGAAAGAUCCAAAACAGAUUAUCCGUGACAUGGAGAAACUGGAUGAAAUGGAGUUUAACCCAGUACAACAGCCACAGCUAAAUGAGAAAGUACUGAAAGACAAGCGUAAAAAGCUACGUGAAACCUUUGAACGUAUUCUACGACUAUAUGAAAAAGAGAAUCCAGAUAUUUACAAAGAACUGAGAAAGCUAGAAGUAGAAUAUGAACAGAAGAGGGCCCAACUUAGCCAAUAUUUUGAUGCCGUCAAGAAUGCCCAGCAUGUGGAAGUAGAGAGUAUUCCUUUGCCAGAUAUGCCUCAUGCUCCUUCCAACAUCUUGAUCCAGGACAUUCCACUUCCUGGGGCCCAGCCUCCCUCCAUCCUUAAGAAGACCUCAGCUUAUGGACCUCCAACUCGAGCAGUUUCUAUCCUUCCUCUUCUUGGACAUGGUGUUCCACGUUUGCCCCCUGGCAGAAAACCACCUGGCCCUCCGCCUGGCCCACCUCCUCCCCAAGUUUUACAGAUGUAUGGCCGUAAAGUGGGCUUUGCUCUAGAUCUUCCCCCACGAAGGCGGGAUGAAGACAUGUUAUAUAGUCCUGAACUUGCUCAACGGGGCCACGAUGAUGAUGUUUCCAGCACUAGUGAAGAUGAUGGCUAUCCUGAAGACAUGGACCAAGAUAAGCAUGAUGACAGUACUGAUGAUAGUGACACUGAUAGAUCGGAUGGAGAAAGUGAGGGGGAUGAGUAUGUGCACCGUGAUGACAGUGAGCGAGACAACACUGAAGAGAAAAAGUCAGGUCUGAGUGUACGAUUUGCAGAUAUGCCUGGAAAAUCAAGGAAGAAAAAGAAGAACAUGAAGGAGCUGACACCUCUUCAAGCUAUGAUGCUUCGAAUGGCAGGUAAG